UGGUCAUGACGUCACGGAAGGUCCUUUAGCUCACUAAGAUUUAGCAUCUAUUCUGCGCUUGGUGUUGUGGUCAGCGCAUUCUUGGGGCUUGAGAUGUAAAUGGGAUUCGUGGACGGGUCGGCUCCCCGAGGGCUGAGUGUGAGGGAGACCCGGCCGGAGAUGGAGCCGCGGUGGACGGGCUGCGAGGAGUAACGGGAGCGGGACAUGUGAUAUGUGGAUUUCUGGCUGUCAUGUAGCCCUACUUGGCCUCACUGGUUCCAUGCCCUCAAGAAGAGAGAUGGUGCAUCAGAGUGGCACUUAUGGGCCCUAAAUAUUAAGAAUAUUCUCCAUCCAUGGCCUCAUUAAGAGGAAAACUGAUGUGCUGAUAUCAUGGGAAGCUGCUGCAGCUGUCGAGACGGACUCCCAGACAAUCAUCCAACCAAGUUCAAAGUCACCAAUGUGGAUGAUGAGGGGACAGAGCUGGGCUCUGGAAUUAUGGAGCUAACACAGACUGAGCUGGUAUUACACACCAGGAAACGGGAUGCUGUCAGAUGGCCAUACCUCUGUCUACGGCGCUAUGGAUAUGACUCUAACCUCUUCUCCUUUGAAAGUGGGCGACGUUGUCAAACUGGGCAGGGCAUAUUUGCAUUUAAAUGCUCUCGGGCGGAAGAAAUUUUCAACCUGUUGCAGGAACUGAUGCAGCGUAACAGCAUUAGUGUUGUUGAAGAACCUGUCAUGAUUACUAGGACCGGCCACCCAGCUGAAAUGGAAAUGCCCCGAACUCCACAGACCCCUGGAGCUUUAGGAUACACUGGCUUUCCUAAUGGUUUUCACAAUUUUUCACGUGAUGGACCUUCCUACCCUUCAGCACGUCACCCAUCAAUGGGUAACCUGAGGCACCAGUCUGUUGGAGAGGAUUCUACCCAUGGCUUAAUAACUCCAGAUGAUCAGUCUCAUACCUAUGUGAAUACGGCAAGUGGGGAAGAGGAAAUGGGUGGUCGACACUGCAUGCACUCCUUGCCGGAGGCACAUGCACCUUACCAUGAUCCACCAAGGCAUAUGCUGGGCCCUGGUUGUUCCAUGGAAGAUCGAAAUCCACAAGUCUAUCUUCAGCCUGGAGAAGUGAAGUUUGUACUUGGUCCAGCACCAGCCUACAGACGCAUGCCUCUGAGGGGAGAUAGCUUUUGCCGACACCAUAGAGAUUGUCAAGGGCAUGUCUGUGCUGGAGAGAGAGAGCACUUGCCUCCACAUAACAACAAUAAUGAGUGCAAGGAUCAAUGGGGUUCACACAAGUGUGCCUAUGAAAAUAUCAAUGGCUUAGUACCAUCAGGAAGUAUUGCUCUACGAAGAGGUACCACAAGCAGGAGUCUCAAGUUGUCUACUGAGGGGCUGCCAUACAGCAGUUGUGCACACCGCAGGACGGCAAUGUUACACUACGAGAACCUACCCCCACUUCCUCCCGUUUGGGAGUGUCAGUCCUUACAACACGAUGAAGAUGAGGAAGAGGAUGAAGAUGAUUCUACUGAUGCCAUGACACCAUCUCUUAAUGGAUACCAUGAUGACCCUGUGCAAAACUACAUGAAUGCUGAGAGUGUCACUGCUUGUGGGGGGCAUCAUCAUCAUCAUCAUCGACCAGACUGCCAACCACGUAGGAGCUGCCCACCCAAUGUGUUCAAUUUUGACUUCAGAAGGCCACGUACAGAGCAGAGACAACUCAACUACAUCCAAGUGGAGCUGGAGGGGAAGAAUGAAGGAAAAGGGAGGCAGGUUCCUCAGAUAACCUGCACACCUGCUCCAAAUCACCCAACUCGCCGUGCAGACUCUUAUGCUGUCAUUGACCUUAAAAAGACAGCUGCGAUGUCUAGCCUACAGAGAGCUAUGCCCCGAGAUGAUGGCACCUCUAGAAAAACCCGACACAACAGCACGGACCUUCCUCUGUAAAAGCUGCUUGUUCUCACCCAAUAUUCUGAUCUUUUCUAAAAGCCAUCUCUACAGCUGUUACCGUGGCUUUUAUUUGGUUUCCAUGUUGGACAACCCCCUUGUACUCUAGCCUCUUCGACUUUUUUGCCCCCUGCAGUGCAAACUUUCUUAAACUCCAUAGAAUGUGAAAGCUAGCUUUUCAGAAGGGGAUAAAAGAACAUUAAUGGCUGCCGCAUAGAAUACUGUUUUUAUUUUUUUUAAUUUUUUUUUGUUUCCUACGUUUUUGGCUUGGUUAUCCCCUGACUGAUAGCAAAGCCUGGGCUAGCAUCUUUAAAAAAAAAAAAAAAUAUGGUGGUUUUUUUUUCUUCUUGUUUUUUAUUUAAUUUUCUAACUGUUGCUUUUGUAGAUAUCCUUUUUCAUCGCAAAUUAAUUUAUUAAUUUAACUUAUUUUUUCUAUUUAUUUUUAUAAACAUUCCAUGCCUUAUUGUGCCCUAUGGAAUUAUUUAGUCCUGCUUCAGAGCAGAUAAUUAAGGUCACUUUUCUUGACCAAUGUGCAUUAUUGGUUUUUAACCUGAUACCUCUUCUGAUACCGCCAGAACAUUAGCAUGUUACAGAAUAGAACAUGUAUAUACCCCUCUAUUGCAUUUUUGCAGAAUCUAGCUGUGUAGGUGCUAAUAAUGAGAGAUGAUGGGCCUUUAUGGAAAAAUAUGUAUAAAUAUAUAAUAUAUAUAUAUUAAUAUAGACAGACAUUUAUAUAGAAAUAUAAGGGACUUGGGGAAAACUAACUUAUUUCAAAGACCGAAGGAUACUUACAGGGAAUAUGAACAAGCCCAAUAUCUUAUGCAUUUACUUGAAUGAAAAGUGCCAAAUGUUUCUACCUGUGCCAUGAUGAAAGUACAAAAACACACAUGCAUUCCUUUAAUCCGGCACCAUUAGCAGAUUUUCUAGAGCAAUUAAAAGUUAAUUUGCUGAGAAUUUGAAAAAUGUAAAAUUUUGGGUUGCACAGCAAUGUAAGAACCUGAGUUGGUUCUUAAAGUGGUACAGUACCAUAAAAUUAAUAAUGUAAAUAUUAAAGUAAAUAAUAUAAUCAUGAUCGUGACCUAAAUGUCUAAAAAGAGUGGUAGUGUUUACAGCAAAGAUUACUUAAGUUUAUGUAUUUGGCACCAAAACAAACGAGUGAUCUGUUAGCAAAUUGAUCUGUAUAUAUCAAGUUUAUGAAGUGAAAGCCAAGAUCAGGUUUAAAGAAUUAUGGAUCUGUGAUAGAGGAAUUUAAGCGGUGAUGGAUACAUUCUUGAAAGCUUGGUUUUGUAUAAUAGGUCUUGUAAAUUUGUUUGUUAUAGCGUUCAUUAAAAAAAAAAAAAAUGGCAAAAAUUCUGGUCCAAAGGCUUUUACUAAAAGAAGAAAACAAUUUGCCAGUAAGUCUAAGGACUUUCUUUUUACAGUAUCUGUGUAAUUUUUCACACAUAGUAAGAGAUACUGUUGGCUUGGAAUGCCCUUGCUGUUUUAUCUGUUGAGCGCUGCAACGCUUGCUAAAUAAAACCAUGGGGUGAUGUGUUAACAGUCUACUUUAAAUGGGCACUCUCAUUAAAACUAAUUUUUGCUAUUG